CCGGUUCCUGCCCCGCGUCGUGAGGUGGCGGCGGCGGCGGCCCGGCGGCCCGGGAUGGCCUUUAUGGAGAAGCCACCAGCCGGCAAGGUGCUGCUGGACGACACGGUGCCGCUGACAGCAGCCAUCGAGGCGAGCCAGAGCCUGCAGUCCCACACGGAAUAUAUCAUUCGGGUGCAAAGAGGAAUUUCUGUAGAAAACAGCUGGCAGAUUGUUAGAAGAUACAGUGAUUUUGAUUUACUGAACAACAGCUUGCAGAUUGCAGGCCUAAGUCUACCUCUUCCUCCUAAAAAACUGAUUGGAAACAUGGAUCGUGAAUUCAUAGCCGAGAGACAGAAAGGUCUUCAGAACUAUCUCAAUGUUAUCACCACAAAUCAUAUCUUGAGUAAUUGUGAGUUGGUUAAGAAGUUUUUAGAUCCAAAUAACUAUUCUGCAAACUAUACAGAGAUUGCCUUACAGCAUGUUUCCAUGUUUUUCCGGUCAGAACCAAAAUGGGAGGUGGUAGAACCGUUGAAAGACAUAGGUUGGAGGAUAAGGAAGAAAUAUUUCUUGAUGAAGAUUAAAAAUCAGCCAAAGGAACGGCUAGUGUUAAGCUGGUUUGAGAGUUCUGUCUAUACAUUUGGUAAUGGAAUUAGAUUACAGGCUGACCUUGGCCCAGACAAAUACUUGUCAGAUAAAGAUUUUCAGUGUCUAAUCAAACUUCUGCCUUCCUGUUUGCACCCUUAUAUCUAUCGGGUUACCUUUGCCACCGCUAAUGAAUCCUCAGCAUUGCUAAUUAGGAUGUUUAAUGAAAAGGGAACUUUGAAGGAUCUGAUCUACAAGGCAAAGCCAAAGGACCCAUUCCUAAAGAAGUACUGCAACCCUAAAAAGAUUCAGGGCCUUGAACUCCAGCAAAUAAAAACAUACGGGCGACAAAUAUUAGAGGUACUAAAGUUUCUUCACGACAAGGGAUUCCCUUAUGGACAUUUGCAUGCUUCCAAUGUAAUGCUGGACGGGGACACUUGCCGGCUGCUAGACCUUGAGAAUUCCUUACUGGGCCUUCCUUCCUUCUACCGAUCCUACUUCACACAAUUCAGGAAAAUCAAUACGUUGGAAAGUGUGGAUGUCCACUGCUUUGGCCACUUACUCUAUGAAAUGACGUACGGGCGACCGCCAGACUCAGUGCCUGUGGACUCCUUUCCUCCUGCACCAUCCAUGGCUGUGGUGGCCGUGUUGGAGUCUACGCUGUCUUGUGAAGCCUGUAAAAAUGGCAUGCCUACCGUCUCCCGGCUCUUACAGAUGCCAUUAUUCAGUGAUGUUUUACUAACGACUUCUGAAAAGCCACAGUUUAAGAUUCCCACAAAAUUAAAAGAGGCAUUGAAAAUUGCCAAAGAAUGUAUAGAAAAGAGACUAAUUGAAGAACAGAAACAGAUUCAUCAGCAUCGAAGAUUGACAAGAGCUCAGUCACACCAUGGAUCUGAGGAAGAAAGAAAAAAGAGAAAGAUUUUAGCUCGAAAGAAGUCAAAACGAUCUGCUAUUGAAAAUAGUGAAGAGCAUUCAGCAAAAUACACCAACUCCAAUAAUUCAGCAGGAUCUGGGGCCAGCUCACCUCUCACAUCCCCAUCAUCUCCAACUCCACCCUCGACAACAGUAGAGCAUGCACCAUUUUGAACGUGAGUUUUAGGUAAAGUAACCUAUGCUGAUUUUUCUAAUUUUAAAGAUGCUCUGUUUCUAUGUGAAGUAGAACCUAAUACGUCUGUAUCACUGGGGUGAUGAACACAUGAAAAAACAGACUUGAGACUAUUUCCUUAUUGGAACCCUUAAAUGAAAUACAGCAUCUUUAAAAAGCUCUCAAGUGACUUCAUCUGUAUUCAUUUUCAUUUCCAUCAUGACCUUCAAAAAAUCUUCAUUUUCAGUCUGAUUUUAGUUUUGAAACACAGCUCUAAAACCUGUAAAUCCACUGCAUGGCAUUUUGGUUUAUUUUAAUUUUGGAAGCCAUGACUUUGAGUCCUGUUGCUGCAAAAAUACUGGUUUCUAGUACUUGAAAUACUCUGCUGAAGAAAAGGUGCUAGGCAGUUGAGUUCUUGAUUACAGGGAGACAGUACUGGCUUUUAUAACUGAUGUUACAGAAAAAGUUCUUUUUUAAGCAUCCUGAAUAAUUCUCUAGUUUGGACACAUGAGUACAGCCUCUUCAGACCUAGACCAGACCUAGUAGGUAGGUCUGGUGUGGCUCUGGUGACCACUUGGCCUUCCCACCCAGAGUCACAGAGAUCUCGCUUUCCUGCUGCUAAAUUUGUCCCAGGAACAGGUGACUCCUGAUGUCCUUUCCUCAAGGGUGUUGAGGAUGUGUCUGGCCUGGUGUUCUCCCUACAUCUAACCUGUGUUCUUGCUGCAACAGUCUAUGCCCUCUUCCAGGUCCCCAUUGGGUUUUGUGGAAGAGACUCUGGGAAGAGUAGUCAUACUUAGGAUUUUUGUCCAAGAGAACAUGAAAUGGGAGCGAUGAGGACUGACCUGGUUGUAAUUAUAGCUAAGCUGUUAUGGAGCAUACCUUGUCCUGGGUGUGACCUCACAUAACCAUUGGUCUAACAUACUUGUCCACUCUUGUCUGCUAUUGGAGGCUGCUUAUAGGAGCUUUCACAUUUUAGGUACAGAGGGAGUAUAGGCAUCAUGCAGUUGUUCCCAGGUUUGUCAAUGGCCAAAUAACCAGCUUUCAUCUGGCCCCUUGCCAUUGUUACUGUUGUAUCCUAUCUUAAGCCCCAAUAGACCAUUUAAAAAAAAGCAAGACGAAAAGGUCAAUGACAUGGAUGAGAGUUCCAGUCAGAGACUAAGUCGUCAGUUUGUGUUCCUGCCUCCUCCAGUUUUGACCUUUGGUUCUUUGGCCUCCUCUCCCUUUCCAGAGUGUUCUGAGUUGGCAAGUUUGGUUCUCACCUUCCUUGCCCUAUUGUACACAUCAAGAUUCAUCCCAGCAAAGAAAAGUAGGCUACCUGGGACAUCAGGCUCUUUGGGACUGGUCUGGCCCUCCUAUGAGCAGACCUCAGGGUGAUUUUGCUUUUCCUUUCUUGGACAAGCAGCUCUUUUCACACAGCCCUCAGCAUCAUUUGCUGUACAGGCAGAGGUUACCCCCACAGCACUUUGGAUGGUAUAUUUAUUUACACUACCUACAUUUUCAGAUGUUUAGAGUAGAAAUAGAUGCAGCCUUUAUUUGCAAAAUGACGAACUGUUUACUGAACCCCAUCCCCAACUGCCACUCUGGUACUACAUCUGCACUUUUCAUUUCUAGUGCUUGGCAGUGAGGCCAAAGUCAAAGGUUGGUUCUCUGUGAGGCCAAGUGCUUUUGCUUUGUGCCAAGACAGCUGCCAUACCCCUAAGUCCAGGCCCUGAGGCCUGUCUAGCUUCCCAGAAUCCUGGGCUGGAGGGGUAGCCAGUCUCUGGAUGGCCAACUUUGGGUCUUUGGUAGAACCCCACAAGUGCUGCUGCAGCCCAGAGCCUGUCUUCUCAUCCUUAACCCUGCAGUGAUUCUUCUACAAGGGGUCAGAGCAAAGCUGGGAGGUAAAAACCUUGGAGCUCCUUCUGAUACCCAUCAGCCCUGAAUGUCAGCCCACAUUCUGCUGCCCUUUGCUGGCUGUUGUUUAGGAGUGCCUGGUGGUGGACACUGGCACUCAAUCACCCACAAGUGGGCAGAGCUCCCUCCUCUGGGCCCUCGAUGCUGAAACCAAGAAACUGAGUCCAAGAAUUUUAGCACAGAAUGGAUUCCUCCUUCUGGCAUUUCCCUGGUCCCUAUGCAAAAACCUUCCUAUGAGGAAAACUUACAUCAUACCGUCAUUCCACCUGGAUUUCUCACCUUAACAGUUGCUUCAAGUUUAACAUUCUUUUUAUCUUUAUAAUCCUGUGAUGUAAAUCCAGGAACAUUUCCAAUCCACCCUAGCAUAGAGCAUGGUUGAACUUCAUUAGUAAACUGAGUAGAAACAAUGAAAGUUACAUUUUGUUCAUUUGUAUGUAUUUAACUUUUAUUUGUAUUGCUAUAUCAUCAUUCGAGAAUUCCAAGAUUGCAGAGCAUGAGUGUGUGCAUUUGUGUGAUUCUUUAAUUUUAGCCGUCUUAAGUGUUGUGGUAAAAGGUAUAAAGGAAGGUAAGUGGUUUUCUAUGAAUAGCAAGAUUUUUUCAGCAUUGCUUGUCACACUUGGUGGAAAGGAUGUACUGACUUGAGUAUUUAUUCAUACUAACUCAUACUUGGUACUUUUACCUGUUAUUACCAUAGCUCACAGCAGUGUAAGGAAACACCAGCUGAACACCUCCUCAUGUAGCCUGAGGAAGGGUAGAGGGUAAUGACAGCAACAGACAGGUGGGGAUCUCAGGGAGCUGUAAGGUUCACAUAGAAGACAGUAACUCUGCAGCAUGGUGAGGUUCUAUAAGGCGAGCUGUUACUGUACACAGUAUUUUUUCCUGAGAACAGUUCACUCACUGAUUCAAAAAUAGAAAAUUCAAGUUGCAAGUGUCUGUGUGACUAGAAUCUGAGAGGAAUUUUAGAUACCUGGCUCUCAGUUUCCCUUUCCUUGCCCACAUAGUAGGGAUCAGUGUUUCAAGCUAUUCUGAUGCUUCAGCAAAGAUGCACAUUUAGUGUGGUUCUACUCUUUUUCUCAGGUGGGCUACAGUGGAAAGAACAAUACUUGAGAAAGACUCCUCCCAGAGGGUGCCAUUGCCAGGGAGAGAGUCCUCUAUGUCCCUGCUCACAAUUAUUAGCAUAUUUCUUUAAUGCAAUCUAAUAGGAAAUGAUUAUUCAAGACAGAUUUCUCCAGGGAAUACGUAAGUCAGCCACCACCAUUCCUAUUGAGAAUCCUGAGUGGCUUGGCGUUUUAUAUUAAAUCACGUCCUGCCAAUACUGUGUAUGGAAACAGCUAAGGAUAGUUCAACCUUUUUGAGGAACUGUCAUUCAGGUAGCCCAGCUCUGUGCCAUACAGGUGUCUCUCUUGAACUGCUAGCUCAGUAGGUAGACCAUCCGGGAACCUGGCUAAGCUCUGUAGCUGAUGCAACUCUUCUUUUGGGACCAUUGCGAAAAAUUAGGUAAUGGGGUCAGAUCUUCCUCUAGGCAAAGAGAAUGUCACUGAGUGUGGUUUCAUGUAAGCGCUGAUACUUGUUUCAACAGUUUCUUCUCAUGACUGUUAUUUGAAGGAAACUGCAACCUUUGAUUCUUCUAGUUUAAAAAAAAAAAAUCAAUCACACAGUAUUUACAUGUAUCUCGGUCCCUACUAAGGAAAACAUUUACAGUCUCCCCAAAGUCCAUUCUACCCUAGCCUGAGCAAGUGUUCAGGGCAGGUGGAAGGGUGGUUACUCACUGUCUCUUUUCCCCUUUACUCCACAGGGCUGCCUGCAUUACCUCCACCUCCACCUCCGCCUCCGCCUCCGCCUCCACCUC